UCCACGGCUUCGCUCCGCCUGCGUCGUCGGCCCGGAGCCCCGGAGCCACACCAGACCAGACCAGCCCCUUGGAUGGCCUUAGCGAAUGGCACAGCCCACGGUUUCGCUACCACCACCUCCUCCUCCUGCUUAUAGUCGCGUGCCGCCGCGCCUGUCCCUCCCCCAUCGCUGCCGCUCCCCUUUCUUCUUCCUCCUCCCACCGCGUCCUUAUCGCUACCUUCUUUCUCCAAUUCCUCGCCGCUGCUGCCAAAAGAUCGCUUUUUUCGUGGGGCUAUUCAGUUGCUGCCGCCCAGUUGGUACGGUGAGUGAUCCAUGGAGGUGAUUGCUGGGGGAGUGGGGGUGCCGGAGCCCGCCGCCACGGCGGCGGCCGCGGCCGGGGAGCGCGCGGCCAAGCGGCGGCGGGUCGCCGGCGCGGAGCCGGCGCCGGCGGGGGCGACGCGGGCCGGAGGAGCGGUGGCGCGGCGCGGGAGGCGGCGGCGCGUGCAGGCGGACGCGGACGCCGCCGCCGUGCAGCGCCUCUUCCAGGCAUGCCGGGGCGUGUUCAGGGGCCUCGGCACCGUGCCCAUGCCCGACGAGGUCCGGCUGCUCCGCGCCAUGCUCGACAGCAUGAAGCCGGAGGAUGUCGGCCUAAGCCCGGAUCUCAAGUUCUUCAGGACUAGAGAUGCUGCUCAAGGAACCACCCCCACAAUUACACACACGACAAUAUACAAAUGCCCAAAUUUCUCGAUGGUUAUCUUAUUUUUGCCGCGGAAUGCGGUCAUCCCUCUCCACAAUCACCCUGGAAUGACGGUGUUCAGCAAGCUGCUCCUCGGGUCCAUGCAUAUAAAGUCAUAUGACUGGGUUGAUCCUGAUUCUGCAGAUCCCUCAGUGACCAGCUGUUCAUCGCAAGCUGAUGAUCAAUUGAGAUUGGCAAAACUGGUAGUCGAUGAUGUUUUUACGGCGCCGUGUGACACCUCAGUACUGUAUCCGACGACUGGAGGAAACAUGCAUCGAUUUACUGCCAUUGCGCCUUGCGCAAUCCUCGACAUUCUUGGCCCCCCGUACUCCAUAGAAGAGGACAGGGAUUGCACAUACUACAGCGAUAUUCCGUAUGCGCAACAUUCGACGGCAGACAGCACCAGUGACCUCAACAACGUUGAGCAAGAUCAAGGCUGUUUGGCAUGGCUGAAGGAGAUUGACAUGCCGAGGGAGCUGAAGAUGUGCAGUGUCCACUACGGCGGCCCCCCAAUCUGUGACAAGUGACCGCUGGCCUUCGGCGUGAACGAAGGCCUGCUCGAUCUCUCCUGUAGUCCUGUUGUAGUUGUCCUGUACCUAACUGAAUGAUGUGCAAUUGAUCUUGGCUGGAUUGGAUCGUCGACUCUUGUCGUCUAACCUUGUGAAUAGCACUAGCAGCAAGCCAUAAGCCUUGACAGACUGACUCCCACCAGCUGGCAAGAAAUAGAAUGCUUGCUUGCUUGCGUGCGCGCGGCGUUGUUGUUGUUGUUAGAUGUUUUCUCGGUCUUUAUUUCUUUCUUCUUUUUUUAAAGAAAAUGUAUGCUUCCUGUUUUUGGUUAUCCAUAGUUUUCAUUCCAUUUCUAUC